GUCCAAUAGCGACAAAGACAUUAGAUAGAUAGAUAGAUAGAUAGAUAGAUAGAUAGAUAGAUAGAUAGAUAGAUAGAUAGAUAGAUAGAUAGAUAGAUCUUAACUGCUACACGUCAAAGUGUGCAAAGAUGCCGUCAGGUGAGGGGAAGAGUGACAUGGAGCGCCUGGGUAUCUUUAAAGAGAUGAGCUACAUCUCUGCAGGGGACAAGUACACUCCACUCACAAACCGUCCCGUCAAUGAGUCAGCCUAUCGUGGCCGGCAGAUGCAGGCUGGCGUUGCUAAACAACGAUGUGCUCUGCAGAGCGGCUUUUUCGACAAGUCUUUCAACCGGAUUUUUGAACGUGAGGCACUGAGUGACCCGCUGAGGCUGGCCCGACAGAACCGCAUCCAGCAGGCCAAGAAAAACCUGGGCAAGGCCUUCCUGCCCUGCAAUGGAGUCAAGAAGCCCUGUGGUUCAGGUAGUUACUAUGGGACACUGUCGGGACCAGUCGAAGCCAUGAGUCCAAUGUCAGUCGCCCAGAAAGCCCGUCGCUCACCUGGACGCAACAUUGUAACCUCACCUCCCAAGAAAGGCAGUGGUUACAGCUAUCCCAAUGUGACACUGUCCAAAAUUGAGCUGUAUGCCUCAGACCCCUAUGACCGAGCCAAAGAAGCACUGAAGAAGGAGACAACAAUCCAUCAGUCCAAGUUAAGACAUGGCCCCUUCAAGAUCAACCUUCACCCCCGAGAUUAUUUCCAAGGCAAUCCAUACCGCAGUGACAGGCCACUCCCACCGGCACAGAAGCCCCUCCCACCAGGACAGAAAGUCCCUCCUGUCCCCUUCAAGCCCCCGUCCCCGAGCAAAAAGAUUGGAGGAAUGAAAGCAGGGACGUUUGACCCUUAUCCCUCACACUCUGCUGACCCGUACGUCAUUCGCCGUCCCAAACCAACCAAUCAACAGCCAAUUUUCCGUCCUGUUCCUGGUCCUAAGAGUACACCUGUCAAGAGCAUCAUCACCAUCAAUGUUAACAGGACUGUGCACACUGCAAACUACACCUCAGCCAUUCCAACUGUGAUGACCCUCUGACUACAUUACCCAUACUGCACCAACACUGACUGACUCUUUUACCUGCUGCAUACAGUACUUUAGAAGUUAUUUUACUGCAUCUGCUUCACUAUCAGCCAUCAUGAGAUUCCUACAGAUGUGCCUUAAAAGGUCUUUCUUUCAACGUGAAGACAAUACAGCUUCAGCCAUCUUCAUGAACAUUUGCUUCUUUCC